AUUCAAACUGCAGCUCGGUUGGGUUGCGGGGUUUAGCAGUGUUGGGGCCGCAGCAGCCAAGGUGUGCGGGGCAUGGAUCACCGCAUCGUGGGGCCCGGCCCGUACCGGGCCACCAAGCUGUGGAAUGAAACAGUGGAGCUUUUCCGUGCCGGGAUGCCCUUACGGAAGCAUCGCUGUCGGUUCAAAAGCUACGAACACUGCUUCACAGCGGCCGAAGCGGCUGAUUGGCUGCACGAGCUGCUGAGGUGCAAUCAGAACUUUGGCCCUGAAGUGACCCGUAAACAAACGGUGCAGCUGCUAAAAAAAUUCCUGAAGAAUCAUGUUAUUGAAGACAUCAAGGGGAAAUGGGGUCAGGAAAAUUUUGAAGACAAUGGUCACCUGUACAGAUUUCCUCUUUCCUCACCCCUGAAACCAUAUCCAAAGAAGCCCCCGUGCCAAAGGGAUGCUAUUAAAUUUCCCCAGUGGACUGACCCCCUACCGGGCACUUCACAAGAGAACAUCCCAGUGAGGCCGAUUGUGAUGAACUCCGAGAUGUGGUACAAGCGUCACAGUAUUGCUAUUGGAGAGGUGCCGGCGUGCCGUCUUGUCUACCGCAGACAGCUGACAGAGGCCAACGUGGAAGAGAUAUGGAAGUCUAUGACGUUAUCAUAUUUACAGAAAAUCCUUGGCCUGGAUUCCUUAGAAGAAGUUUUAGAUGUCAAACUUGUCAAGUCCAAGUUCAUCAUACAUAAUGUAUAUAGUGUGAGCAAGCAGGGAGUUGUUAUCCUUGAUGACAAGUCAAAAGAACUUCCUCACUGGGUACUGUCAGCAAUGAAGUGUUUGGCAAAUUGGCCUAACUGUUCAGAUUUGAAGCAGCCUACAUAUUUAGGAUUUGAAAAGGAUGUCUUUAAAACAAUAGCGGAUUACUAUGGUCACUUGAAAGAGCCUCUGCUUACCUUUCAUCUCUUUGAUGCCUUUGUCAGUGUUUUAGGUUUAUUACAGGAAGAGAAAAUGGCUAUCGAAGCAUUUCAGAUUUGCUGCCUCCUCUUGCCCCCUGAAAAUAGGAGAAAGUUACAGCUGUUGAUGAAGAUGAUGACAAGGAUCUGCUUAAAUAAGGAGAUGCCACCACUUGGUGAUGGCCUUGGCACCCGAACACUGAUGAUUCAGACAUUUUCCCGUUGCAUCUUGUGUUCCAAGGAUGAAGUGGACUUGGAUGAGUUAUUAGCUGCUAGGUUGGUGACGUUUCUGAUGGACAAUUACCAAGAGAUUCUGAAAGUCCCUUUGGCCUUGCAGACCUCCAUUGAGGAGCAUGUAGCUCACCUACGAAGAGGGCAGAUAAAGUACCCUGGAGCUGACAUGGACAUCACUUUAUCUGCUCCAUCAUUUUGCCGUCAAAUCAGUCCAGAGGAAUUUGAGUACCAAAGAGCAUAUGGCUCUCAGGAACCUCUGGCAGACUUGUUGGAGGAAGUUAUAACAGAUGCCAAGCUCUCUAACAAAGAGAAGAAGAAAAAACUGAAGCAGUUUCAAAAAUCCUACCCUGAAGUCUACCGAGAACGAUUUCCGACACCAGAAAGUGAAGCACUUCUGUUUCCUGAAAAACCAAAACCAAAACCACAGCUCCUAACGUGGGCACUGAAAAACCCCUUCCAGCCGUUCCAAAGAACUCGAAGUUUUCGGAUGUAACAUCUCCACAGCUGGCAGAGCUAGAGACUACUGAAAUACCAAUGUGAACUGACCUCACAAAAUUUCCUUUGAGCCUUUCCCAGUGUUUUUCUAAAACUCAGUGCUAUUUUGAAAGUGUACAAAUCAGUUAAACAUUAAAUGAAUAUAUAUAUAUGUGGUCAUGUUAACAUGUUUAUAAAUAUUUGAAAAGUCAAGGGUAUUUUUUUGUUAUUUCUCACGGUGUUUAUGAAAUAUUUGUGUAUUCAUUUCCACGUGUAGUUCUUGUUGUCUUUGUUGUAACCAAGUCUUGGAAAUGGUACACACACUUGAAUACGGCGCUGGGCGCUGUUACCAUGGUCACUGUGGUGCUGUUGACUUAAUAGUCAGUCAUGAUGUUUCCCGUGUAAAUUUUGUUUCUCAUUGUUGCAGAAAGAUUUUGAAAUGUUCUGCGUUAUGAUGACUGUGUGUUUCAUUGGCAAUUUGUUGGGUGCUGUGACAGAUUUGACCAAAACUGGUUCUUUUGUGACACAUGCAUUAGUUGGUGUUUACCUGUGAGCUGAGUAGAUUUCCAUGUGUCUGCGGUGGUAUAAUUUCAGUCUUGGCUAGAAAUGGAAAACUGAAUGUGUCCCUUUAGACAUGUGAUUCUAAGUCAAAUCUUUGUUCAUGAAAAACACAAACGGGUUAAGUAAAAACCCGUGAGGCCGCCUUCUUUAUAUAUGUGUGCAUAUUUCCCCCAACUUCAUCCUUUUCAAAGUAAGUAGA